UUCUCACUGUUAACAUUUUACAUCGUUCUCCCACGAUAAUCGGCAUUAUGUUGAUAAUAAUAUAUAUUAUUUGAACAGUAGUGACAAGUACUCAAGUUUAUAAAUUGACACUACAGGCUAUCGGCGAACGGUAUUUUAAGUUAUUCGUUUAUCGUCCAACUAUCCAAGCAGUGGAGUGUGUAAAAGUGUAAUUUCGUUGUUCUACAGUUCUACACUCAUCUGCUGACUGUGAGCAUAAUAUUUUGCUUAUUACUCAUAAAUUAUAAGUUACUUUCGUUAAUUUGUUUCAUUACAAUCAUUUCCAUUGGUUUUCAUAAAUCGUAUAAUAGAAGUAUAUCGCUGAUCCCACUAUGAGUAUUUUCAGCGUUGUCGAAGAAGCACCGCCUAUCGAAGUGUUCCAUCUGGUGAAAGUGUUUAAUGAAGAUGACAAUCCAUCAAAAGUAAAUUUGACCAUUGGGGCAUACAGGACAGAUGAAGGCAAACCAUAUUAUAUUCCUGUUGUGAAAAAGGCUGAAAGUGUGGUACUUGAGAGUACUUUCAAUCACGAGUAUUUACCCAUAUUGGGCUUAGAAUCUUUUACUAAAGCUGCAUCACAACUACUAUUAGGCAAUAUCGCUAAACGACAAGAAGAAGGAACUAUCUUUGGCGUUCAAUCAAUCAGUGGUUCUGGAGCACUUAGAGUGGGUGCAGAAUUCUUAGUUAAACAUUUGAAAUGUACCACAUUCUAUUAUUCAAUACCAACUUGGGAAAAUCAUCAUUUGAUUUUCAAGACUAGUGGAUUUCAAACUGCCAAAACUUAUCGCUAUUGGAAUGAAGAAACAAGAUCUCUUGAUUUUGAUGGAUUUUGUGAAGAUUUAUCUAAUGCACCAAAAAAUUCGGUUAUUAUAUUACAUGGAUGUGCUCAUAAUCCAACUGGCUUAGACCCAACUGAAGAUCAAUGGAAGAAAAUUGCAGAAAUUAUAAAAGAACAUAAUUUAAUACCGUUCUUUGAUAAUGCUUACCAAGGAUUUGCAUCUGGAGAUUUGGAAAAAGAUGCUUGGUCUGUGCGGUACUUCUUAAAUCAAGGGUUUGAGUUUUUAUGUUCACAAUCAUUUGCCAAAAACUAUGGACUUUAUAAUGAACGUGCAGGGAAUCUUACGUUUGUUUUGAAUUCUGUGGAAAAUGUUAAGGCUGUAAAAUCUCAGGUAACAAUGAUUGUUAGAGGGAUGUAUUCAAAUCCACCAAACCAUGGUGCACGUACUGUCAGUACUAUAUUAAAUAAUGAUGAAUUUAAAAACGAAUGGAUAAAUACUUUAAAACUAAUGACCGAUAGGAUUAAAGCUAUGAGAAAAGCUUUACGAAAAAAUUUAGAAAAGCUUGGAACAAUCGGGACAUGGAAUCAUAUAACUGAUCAAACUGGGAUGUUUUCCUAUACAGGAUUAUCCGCAAGUCAUGUAGAAUACUUACGAAACAAAUAUCAUAUUUACAUGUUGCGGUCGGGACGUAUUAACAUUUGUGGAUUGAAUACAAAUAAUAUAAAUUAUGUAGCUGAAGCAAUUACCGAUACUUUAUUAAAUGUAUCUAAGUAAAAAUCAUAUAAUAACUACACCAUAACAAACAAAUUAUUUUUAUGUUUAAUUAUAUAGACUAGAAACAUUUUUAAUUUAAUUUAAUUAACCUAAUUGAUAUUUACACAGUUAUGCUAAUAGUUAUACAUUGUUUCAUUAUUAAUUAUUAUUAUUUUAACCAUCAAUUUGUUAAUAAUAUUCUACUAUCAAAUAACUUAAUCUAUUUCAUUGAUUAUAAAUUACUUCAUAAUAAUAUGUACAUUUUUUAGAGAUGCAAAUUUUACCAUACAUUUUUUGAUGGCAAAUAUUGUUUAGUACUUUAAUAACAAAACAAGAAAAUUAAUUCAAUUAAUUCAAAAAUCUCAUAACUUUAUAACAAAAAAUAAAUUUUUAAAUUUGAUAGAUUAAACAAAAAAUACUUUAAAAUUAUACUGUAUAUCUAAUUUGCAUUUUUGAUGAACCUUGUGAUAAUAAUUUGAACAAUAUUAUGUUGAACAUUCUUAAGUUCCAUUUAAUUCCUAAAGAAAUAUUCCUUAUUUCUAUACAUAAUGUUUGACGUUUAUGACAAUAAAUAGACUACUUUUUUAACUUAAAUUGUUAAAGUAUUAAAUACAAGCAUUUAAAUUUAUUAGAUUGUUAGUUUAGUUUUAAUGGAUGAUUAAAUAUUACAUUAAGAAUUUUCUAGUCUUAGUCUAGCAUUUAAUUUAGUAUCAAUGUUUUUGUAUUGGUAUUAAAUAACAUUGACAAAUAUAAUAUGUACCAAAAAUAUAAUGUAUAGAUUUUUUUUUUUUUUUAAAUAGAGAUAAUUGUUUGUAACAUUAAGUAUUUAACAAUUGUUGGGUGGGUGGAAAUAAUGUGCUGUGUAAUAAUUCCUAAAUUAUUAUUUAAUUAAAAUCUGAAACAAAAUACUAAAACUAAUUAUUUUAAUGUAUGAAAAUAAUAUUAAAUGAAGUUAAAAUAAGAA